UAAAAACCCCACUCUGAGCAGCGAACGAAAAGUGAAGUGAGAGAAAAAUGGGAAAGGGAGUAAUUUGGGCGACGGCGGAGGACUUGGCAAGAAACAGAGGACGCGUCCUCUCUCUGUAUCGCCAGAUACUCAGAAGCCUUAACUCGCCUAGCUUGCCGCUGAAUCUGGCGGCAAGGCUGGCCAAGAAAGCGGAGGCGCGCGCAAUCUUCAUGUUGGCGGCGGAGGAGAGGUCCCUUCACAACAUCGACGACCUCGUUGAUGCCGCUCAUUACUCUCUCUCCCUCUUGAGGAAGGGGGAAUUACCCAAAUACAUUCAAUGAAAAUGAUGCAGGCCUUUUCUGUAAGAUUUCAGUUUCUCCUUUGGGUGCUCUUGCAAAGAGAUAGGAAGUAGAGCAAUUUGUCUAUUCUCGGUUGCUCUCCUGUUUGCUGAGAUUGACAAACUAAACUAUCAAACGUUUGCGACAAUGUGAAGCUGGUAGGCCUACGCAAAAUCGAAAGAUUUGUGUGCAUUUGAUUUAAGAUUACCAUCUAUUGUAUAUACAUACCAUGAACAAUUCGUUCUGCAUAUGGUAGUUCAAUAAUAUUUUGCUUCCUUUAAGACUCA